UUUGCUCGCGUUCACGUCGGAGAAGUGCGUGCCUGUGUGUACAUGACGGUGAAAUGCUUACGGGGUGUGUUUUCUUUUCCAUUUUUAACCCCCCGAUAAUCUUCCACCUGGAUAUCGACCCGCAUCCGUGAUAUUUGAGGAAUUUUUGACCCCAGAAUCACUUCAGCUCAACGGUCGAGGAAGGAACUAUAAGCGUGAGACAGUCGGAAGUGAAGCGGCGCGGCACGGCGCGAGGUCGAAUAGACUACCUACAAGAGCUCGCUAAACUUAAACCCACCCGCAUGAGAACCACACGGACACGUACACUGACACAUCAGCCCAGUCCGGUGGAUCCUGGAGAGUAUGAGCCGAGAUGAGCCAGAGAGACACACUGGUGCAUCUGUUUGCUGGAGGAUGUGGCGGCACGGUGGGCGCAAUCCUGACGUGUCCGUUAGAGGUGGUGAAGACGAGGCUUCAGUCUUCGUCCGUGACCUUCUGUAUCUCUCAGGUUCAUUUGAGUACAGUUAAUGGAGCCAGCGUGGCACGUGUAGCCCCUCCGGGACCCGUUCACUGCCUCAGGUUCAUUCUUGAGAAGGAGGGAGCCCGCUCUUUAUUCAGGGGUCUGGGGCCCAAUCUAAUCGGAGUGGCUCCAUCACGGGCUAUUUACUUCGCUGCAUAUUCCACCUCAAAGGAGAGACUGAACGGUGUGUUUAAGGCCGACUCCACACAGCUGCACAUGGCAUCAGCUGGGAUCGCAGGAUUUACAGCCAUCACAGCAACCAAUCCAAUUUGGGUGAUUAAGACUCGGCUACAACUGGAUGCCAGGAAACGCGGGGAGCGUCGCAUGAGCACGUUUGAAUGCAUACGACGCGUGUAUCAAACUGAUGGCCUGCGAGGGUUUUACCGCGGUAUGUCGGCGUCCUACGCAGGAAUCUCAGAGACUGUGAUUCACUUCGUGGUGUAUGAAGCCCUCAAACGACGUCUGGUAAAGACCAAACCAGCAACACACAUGGACGGAGAGCAGGACUCAAAAGAUGCAUCAGACUUUGUGGGAAUGAUGUUGGCAGCCGCCACGUCUAAGACGUGCGCCACCUCUAUAGCCUAUCCACACGAAGUAAUCCGUACCCGGCUAAGAGAAGAGGGCAACAAGUACCGCUCGUUUUUCCAGAGUGUCAGUCUGGUGUUUCGAGAGGAAGGUUAUCGCGCUCUUUACAGAGGACUCACAACGCACCUGAUCAGACAGAUCCCAAAUACAGCCAUCAUGAUGAGCACAUAUGAACUUGUCGUGUACUUGCUUGAUGGCUGAACAUCCCUCACCCGUGACCUGGGAAUCCAUAGUCUAAUGUGAUGUCAUUCCCAUUUUGUCAGGUGGUGUGUGAAAGACAAAACAAGACAGCAGACAGAGAGCAAUGCCAAAACCCAGUGUGGUCUGAAGUUUCUCAUAAGAAAACACACCGAUAUUAAAUGCUUUUUCAUUUUCUUGCAUUCUCCCUCACUCUCUCUCUCUCUCUGUCUCUUUUCCAUUUAUUGUUUAAUAUUAUGCUGCUUCUAACAUGCAUUGCCUUAAUGUGUACCGUUAAAACCCAGAUAGUUCAAGGUGUUCUUAUGUUUACUGAACGUUGAGAGUUUUUACGGUGAUCAAAGCUUCAAGUUCUGAGCUGGAAGGGAAUUGGAGGGGGUCCAAACUGAGCCUCAUUUCCUGUUUUGGCAACCAGCCAAUCAGAAUGCACUUGCAAGGUCAUGCAAUGCCAGACCAGAAAUAUCCUGAAUCCUACAUAUAUCUGCUUCUGUAGAUGUUGAACAGUAUGUUUUACAGGUACUUGAACACUGUGCACACACACGUACUUGAACCUUAUUUGCAAGAAAAGACGUUUGUAAAACACUGUAAAAGUGAGGUGGAGUUCUUAUCGGUGUAUCAUAAUUGUACGUUUAUGCAUUCUCAGCCUCGAUAUGUGUGUGUGUGUGUGUGUGUGUGUGUGUGUGUGUGCGUGCGUGCGUGCGUGCGCGCGCGUGCGUGUGUGUGUGUGUGUGUGUCUACUGGAUGGCCAUAUACAUUUGUUAGCAUAAAAAUGUAAUAAAUGUUUUUUCCAGCAGGAAAAAUUCUACUGAGAAGAUGGUAAUAAUUAAAAUAUUUAAAAAUAGAUUUAUAAAUGCAUUAUCCAGGAAGGUUGUUGCACAUAGUAAAUUUGGAUUUUGGAGGACAUGUUGUGUCCCCAUCACAAGCACACGUGGCACGUGUUUUAUUCAGUUCACACAGAGACAGGCUCUUAUCUAAGUCUGAUGAAUCAUGUUGUUUGUUUGGUUUUGGGUGCAUUUAGUGUUAUGCUCUCACUCUUUAAUGCCUUUAUGAUUUUUCAACAACCCAAUGUUUGUUUGUUUUUUUGUUUACAGUCAGUUUGUCACUUUUCAUAUCAUGUGAACAAUUGUUUGUCUGGAAAGAAUAAACUAAACUAAAUUAAAAGCAAAAAGGACAAGUAAGCUUUU